AUGGCAGAAUUCAAACGCAUCGGAAUAGAUCCGGACAAAAUAACUAACAUGUCCGGAUAUGUUCAGCAAUUCCGUGCAGUCCACUGGCAUACAGAGAAGGAUACAUUCUACGCGCAGCUGGAGCGCAAAUACGACCGCUGCCCAAAACAUGUUAUCAAGAUCAUCAUCGGAGAUUACAACGUUCAGGUCAGCCAGGAAAAGGAGUUUAAACCGGUGACCAACAACCGGUCAGCACCAGCUGACCAACAAAACGUUCGAAACGGCAAUGGAAAUGACACCGUCGAUGCAACAGAAGACCGAGACGUGCCACUCACAACGAUAGGCAAAGAUAAGGAUGCCAUCAAGCGGCUGAGAAACAACAAAUCGGCCGGCAAAAAUGAUGUCGGAGCGGAGCUCAUCAAGAUGGGCCAGGAUACAACCAUCUUCGGCGGCGUGCAGGACGCCGUGUGGCUCGCUGGCGAACCCAGUAUCUCGAAGGUGGUCAAUACCAGACGGAUACGCUGGGCAGGACAUCAUGUUGCACGAAUGUCGGACAACUACAUUGCCAAACUGGCGUUCGCUGGAAAUUCGUUUGCAUAUGGGGACGUUUUCGCUGCCAAAAGUAUAACCAGAGCACUUGUUCCUCCACGACGAGACAGUGACUAUAUAACAUCCAAACCACCAACAACCACACUCCCGGAGGUGAUUAUCAAUCGAAAAUCCGCCAGCACAACUACUGCAGCUCCUCAACGAGAUUCGCAAGGAUAUUAUUACGAUCCACCGAAUAGUGAAUAUCUUCCACCAGAGCAACCGUUUGCAGAUGAACCACAGCCACCUUUUGCCGACGAGUAUCCCACUGUGGACAACCAAUACCUACCACCAAAUAGUGAUCCCGUGUUCUCGGAUCCUCCCGUUAACGACUACCUUCCACCAUCACAACAAAUACCGCAGCAAGACGAAAUCAUAAUCGUUACAACCGAGUCUGGAUAUAUUUACAACCCACCAAGCUCACGACCACCAUUAGCGGACGAAGGAUCUAUUAUUUCCCCCGGAAACGACGAUGGAUACCAGUAUAAUCCGCCCGCUAAUGGAUACCUACCCCCUGCAGGACGAUCAUUACGGGACGAAACUCUUACCAACGACCGCUAUCCAAUCAGACUUCAAUUGAACGAGCUUACUUGUCUUCAGAACAGCGGAGGUUACUUCAGGUCUACGUUAACCAUACAGAGUGCAAUCGAUGGUGCUCCAGUUAUCGAUGGUGAACAGAGUGGUGACCUAACAGGCUGUAAUAUUCGUGUUCAACAGACAAGACUGGUAGUGAAUAUUGAAUCGAGUGAUUUUUCAAGGUGUGGUGUUGUUCAAUGCGGGAAUAGUGCACGGGAAUUGUGUUUACGAUUAAGGUUUCCUCAAAUCGCCGGAAUGCGCACUGCAGCAGACGCAAUUCUUACUCUACAGUGUAAAAUACAACAACGGGUGGUGGCUAGAACGCACGCCUUUCGGUUGGGUGUUAGUAACAAUGUGCAAGGUAGAAGCACUUCAGGAACGUACGCUUUCGGUGGAUCACAGCGGCCCUUUCGUUCGCAGUUGGGUCUUUUUCGAAGACAGGAUAACGGCAACGGGUUUACGCGUUCGCUCGAACCAGGAGGGGCUGUGAUCCUAGGUGAAGAUCUUAUUCUUAGGACACAGGUGCGAAGCGGUGAUGGCUGGAACUAUACGAGACUCUCGGAAGUUGUAAUGCAGCGAUUAUCGCCUACCGCCAGUGUGCUGAACUCCGCAACAUUGAUAGCUACCAACGGGUGCGUGAAUCCAGCAAUGAAAGCAAUUUGUCCAGCAGCUCCGAUUCUGGAGUCGCCUCUGAGCUACAGACUGGCAUUCCGGGCCGCUAUGUUCCAGGGAAUGCGCAGUGGAGACGAAAUGGUGCUUAGGGUACGCGUUGUCGGGUGCGUUGAACGGCGCGAGUGUACUGUGGAAAACUGUCCGGCACUCCGUUCGAAACGUGACACCGCAGUCUACACUGGACCCAAUUCCACGGUGGAGCACGAGUUUCCGUCGGAAGUGACGACUAUCUCAUUUCGCAUCAUAUUGCCCUCCAACGGAACAACCAUCGGCCUUGGUCCAAGUCUGGCGUCACCGUCGGUUCUCACGGUUUGGGUGACGAUUGCAACGACGGCGAUUAUCGUCGUAGCUCUGACUGCGCUGUUGGUCAUAAUGAAAUUGAACCGCGCCAAGCAGCCAUGCUAUGAUGAGUAUAGAGCAAAUUGAGCAGCAUAAAAAAGCUACAACUCAAACGAAAGUGAACGUGAUAUGAGAGCAGGCUAGUGCCCCGGGACGGUAGCUUGCCGCGCAUGGCUUUGUAAUUACGAUAAAUAGUCGAGAUCAUCGCUUAAGCGCUGCACUAUAAUGUUAUAAUUUAAGGGUAACUGUCAACUGCAUCGUAAAACUAUAUUGCUACAGAAAAACAACAUUUCAUUAGUGUAGUGGCUGCUGCAGCUAGUCUUCGAUUAAAUAAGUUAUUAUAGCUCUAUAUUUAUUAUGUGGUGCUAGUGAAGAAUGUGCCGGGCUCGAAAGAAGUUAAACAGCCGACUUAAUGUAAUCAGAUGGGAAUACUAUUACUCCGCUGGCGACUGUUGACUAGCAAUAAACUUCAGCAAUGCGUGGCAAGAAAAAAAACUAGCAGCAACUAACGAACCACAUAGUUAACUCCUAGAGUAGUAUUUAAUAAAAUGAUUAUACUUAUUGUGUAUUUAUUUAUUUAUAAUAACAUGUAAUUAUGUGUGCCGCUCAGAGUCAAACCGUUUGUAAUGUUCACACCACGAGAUACGAAACUGCUUAAGUAAACGUAUCACCAAUCAAACCAUCUUCCAUUUAGAUUCUGUCAAUUUAUUACAAUUUCGAAAGGUUAAACAACAGCC